AUGCGAGUUCUGGCUGUAAAAUCUGGCUCACACAGCGCCAAUCAAGCUGUGACCGACUAUCAAUCUCCUUCGUUGAUCUCGGUGUAUCCUACGUCUAUUUCGCCGGGUCAGCUGACUGACACCUCUUUGUGGCUGUUUGCCAUCCGUCUACUUUUGAAUUUGCGUGGGCUCGUGGGCAUCUUUACCGCCCGCGAGAACUGUUGUCUUGCGCCAUUGCCAUCCCCUGUUUGA